AUGGGAAUACCCAGAAAAUGUUCAUACUGUGGUAACUUAGGUCACAAUUCAAGGACUUGUAAAACCACUCUCGCUCAUCCACACCUGAAGCUCUUCGGAGUGCAACUUCACGUAUCUUCUUCUUCUUCUUCUUCAUCAUCAUCAUCAUCUGAUUCUUUUUCUUCACCUUUGUAUUCUGCCAUGAAAACAAGUUUCAGCACCAACUACUUGUUCUCUUCGUCCCUACCCUCUUCCUCUCCUUCCCUGCUCGAUGCUGCCAGCCUCAUAUCAACAAUCCAAGGCACAAAAAAAGGUGUGGCAUGGACAGAGGAGGAGCACAGAGUAUUUCUUUUAGGGCUUGAGAAGCUGGGGAAGGGAAACUGGAGAGGCAUAUCUAAAAGUUUUGUGAAAACAAGAACACCUAUACAAGUAGCCAGUCAUGCACAAAAAUAUUUUCUCCGUCAAUCUCACAACGUCUCCAACAAAAGAAAACACCGUCCCACUCUGUUCCAUUGGGUUUCGCAUCCUCAUUCGGUGCUGAAUUGGCCUUUCCCUUCAACUUCAUCUUCGACUAAUUGCACUGUUGAGAUGGCAGCCCCAGAUUUAGAACUCAAACUUGCAACUCCCACGCCAUUGGAGAUAGCAGAUUCAUGCCUCUCUAGUUGA